AUGGCGACAGGCCUAGCACUGCUGUUGGAGCUGCCAGGCCUCCCCAUCUCGUCCAUCUUCCGAGUCCAUGUCCCGCUGGCGCCGGGCUCAUCCUGCAUGACCGAUGCCGAGAAGGAUGCUCGGGCUAGAGGAGCCCUUACAGCCAUCAAGGCUCUGAGCUCGACCGCUGUUCCCUUUCUGGCUCGCAUUGCAGAUGCCUGGAAUCUGGAGCUGGCCCACGUCGGCGCCAUCUACAAGCUCCUGCUGGCCCAGCAGGCAGGCCUGGGCAUCGCCAUGUCGAGGGAUGUGCGCGCCCACGUGCAGGUGGGCGCCCUUGCUGGCGCGCAGGCGGCCACCGUCGCGCGGUGGGUGGCGGAGAGCGCGCUGGAGCGCGCUGGGUGGUGGCGCGUGGCGCAGGAACACCUGCUCAGCGCCUGCCUCCUGGAGGCAGCGACAGGAGAACGCCUCGGGCAGUGCCUCAGGCUGGGAGUCGAAGCGGUUGACUGCGUGUCACCGACCGCGCUGCGGGUUUUCCUGCGCACAGACAGCGUCCGGUACACCCGCUGGCACGCCCUCCCGAGCGACGAUCCAGCGGCGCUGGCUGCGCUGUCGGAGCGGGUGACUGGAUCCCUCUGCAGCGUCCUUCCCUUCUGCCGGCCUGGCAUAGUGAGUGGCAUCCAGCCUUGCAGCACAGAGCUGGCGACCAGGCUGCAGGAGGAGUGGCGCGCUGGGGCGGGCUAUGCCCUCCCUCUCCCGGGGCACACUGUGGGCGCAGCGGCCGUCGCGCUGGAAACCAUGCCUGCAGCGCCGCCUGCCGGACCCAAGGCCAUAGCGAGGCCGCGGGCCAGGGCGGCCGACGUGGACGUCGGAGCGCUCAUGGUCAAGGCGGCCGCUCUGCACUCCGCCGGCCAGCUCAGCAAACUGACGGUGCUGGAGCUGAAGGCCUUCCUGAAGGCGCGGCAGGCGGGGCUCAAGGGGAAAAAAACGGAGCUGGAGGCCCGGGUGCAGGCCAUGUUGGUGUCGGGUGCAGCUCCAGCAGCUGCUGCCGAGGAGUGA